AGGAUUUAGUGUGAGUUAAGAUACGUGACCAUGUGGCCGAAUCAAGGUCCUCCCCCUCCAAUGGGACCACCAAACCCAGCCUUCCCUCCUGCUUAUAACCCUGCGUGUCCUCCUGUCCCUCCUCCUGGAGCAUUCCCACAUCCUCCACCUCCAGCAUACCCACCUGGCCAUUUCCCACCUGGUGUGAAUCCAGCAAUGCCACCUCCAGGGGCGAUGCCCUAUGGAGCACCAGGGCCUCAACCUUAUCCUAUGGCUCCUGGUGGAUUUCCACCUGGUGGAUUUCCACCAGGUGUCCACCCUACAGGCGUUCACCCAGGUCCAUACCCGCACUCCCCAAAAGGUCAUAAAGGCCAUAAAGGCCAUAAAGGCCACCACAAAGGUCAUCAUCAUGGAGGGCUAAAUCCCAUGACUGCAGCAUUAGGCGGGGGAGUGGCAGGAGUGGGAAUGGGGAUGGUCGGACAUAAAGCCCACAAAAAGAUGAAGAAGAUGAAGAAGGCACACAAGCAUAAGCACCACAAACAUGGCGGCAAGUCCUCCAGCAGCAGCAGUAGCAGCAGCAGCAGCAGCGACAGCGACUGAGGCCACCAGUCCACUACACAGCUGUCACAGAAAGGUUGCUCUAACAAAGAGCUACCUGACUAUUAACUACAAACACAUACAAUUAAUUGCUAAUAUUUUAACAAGAUUUCUGUUGCAAUACAGGAUUUUAUCAUAUCCUCAUUGGGCUAUAUAUAACACUAAAAGUGCGUAAAGGCUAUUACUGGGAACAUAUUCACAUCAUUACUGAAUAUUAUUGGUGAACUGUUUCCACCAUGCGGGUGUUUAUUUGGAUAUUGAUGUUAGGGACAUGUUCCUAUCAAUAUCAGGGUGUUGCUGUGUUGUCCCUGCCAAUAUUUUUACGUAUCUCAAACAAUCUAGAUGCUUUAACUCCAUGGAAUAUUGGUGGUAACAUCUUUGUAGAGUUGCCAAAUUUGUGUGUUUGUGUUGUCUGCAAGAAAUAUGGGGGAUACUCAACCUGAUGGUCUAACAACCUUCAACUACAAGCUGUGCACAUUGUUGACUAGCAGCAGUCGGCAGCAGCAGUGGAGUCGAUGAGGUGGAGAAUAUUAGCGGUUAAUGCUCAGACGCGAUGUUUAAUUAAACAACUUUAUUAUUGUUAGUAAAAAUUCCUCCCAAAAUCAAAUGAAAACAUCUGGUCCUUUUUUUUUUUUUAAAGAAAAACCAAAGUGUCAGUAACAGUUGAACUUAGUAAGAAUGUUUCAUAAUCGGUCCAAAUAAUCAUCUUUGAAUUUGUUGGAAGAAAUAUUUACUACUUAAGUCCUUCUCUCCCCAUUUGUGUGAAGUGUGUAGUUAUUUUUGCAUAUGUGUCAUUAAGACUGAGAUGAGUAUUACUUUUGUAAUAUAAAGAUUAAUUAGCCACAGCUCAUCCAACUGAUCUGUUUGUGAUUGUCAGUCAUAAUUUUAUGAUGAUCAUCAUCAUUUCAGUAGGGACUGUGCACUUUCAUCUUAAUGCUUAACUUUCUCUGUUUGAGAAAAUGUAACACUGUGAUUCAGUAAAAGAAAAUGUGUAAGAAUCUGUCAUUUUUCAGUUUUUCCUGAUUUUUUUGAAUGUAACUAAUUUGAAAGAUUAGCUAUGUAUU